AUGGAAAAUAAUUUAGAAGAAGAUGAUGAAUAUUGCGCAUCUGCCCAAGUCACAACAGAACAUUCGAGAAAACGACGAGGUAAUCCAGCAAUGUGGAAACGAAAUCAAGCUAAAAAGGCAAAAAGAGAAUUAAGAAACAAUGGUUGCAUUUUAAAGUGCAAGCACGAUAGUGAAAGUAACCAUUGUAAGGUGAGAACCAUCGAUAUCGAUCUAAUUUACAAUUUUCAUAAGCAAUUUCAAUCGAUCGAAAGUGCUCCAGAAAGGAGGAAAUUUUUACAGAGGUGUAUUUCUCUGAAUAGCGUUGCGCGCACCAGAGUGAAAGAUGAGAAUAGAGUGCGAAGAUCCCGUAAUUACACAAUCGAAUGCUCUAUUCAGACAGACACAGGCCGCAUUAAAGUCUGUAAAACUGUUUUCUGCUCUAUUCUAAGUAUUGGCCGAGCAACUUUAGACCUUGCUGCGGAGACGUUCAUGUUGCCAAGUGAUCAGUGCGUUGAGAAGCGAGGUGGCUCCGAACCAAAAUUGACAGCUUUAAAAGAUGCUGUGAUCGAGCAUAUCAAAUCAUUCAAAGUGCGAGAACGUCAUUAUGGUCGAAAUGAUACAGUUGGACGAGUAUACUUACCAUGUGAAUUAAACAUUGUUGAAAUGCACAAAAUGUUCUUGGAAAAGUAUCCUGAUUUUAAAGACUGCAAGUAUUCGUUUUACAGAGAUGUAUUCCGUUAUAAUUUCAAUAUUGGCUUCGGUAGUAUUCGAAAAGAUAGUUGUGCAACAUGCGAGCAGUAUAAGAAUUUAUUGAAGAAUUCCGAUGAAAUUAAUCGUACUGAAUACAAUUAUGGAAGCCGGAGAGAAAUCCUACUGGAAAGAGGCCUUCACAGGAUCCGUUCGAAACGAUUUUUCAAGGAAUUGAAUCUUUUGCCGGCUGAUACGAUAACCAUCAACUUUGAUCUUAUGGCAAAUCAAGUACUACCCAAAACACCCAUCUCCGACGCAUUUUACAGUCGUCAGAUCUCUUAUCACACCUUUGGAAUCAUCAUUCAUAAAAAAAAACAGCCAAAGGAAUCUGUUCUCGAUAAAACAACCAUGUUCUUCUACAGGUGGUUAGAAACAGAAUACGGUCGUGGAAGUAAUGAAAUUGUAUCGUGUCUGAUUCACUUCUUAUCAACUACUCUCUUACCGAUUCUACGAGCUCAAAAUAUCCAUAAACUCAGAUUCUUCAGUGACUCUUGUACUGGGCAAAAUAAAAAUUACUCGGCUGUAACUACGUUGAUGGAUUUCUGUCUUCGAAAUGAAUUGGAGUUUGAAUGGUUUUUUCCGGUAAGGGGUCACUCCUACAUGCCUGCUGAUCGCUCGUUUGGACUAAUAGAACAAGGCAUGAAGAAAUUGGAUACAAUUAUCAAUCCAGAAGAAUACGAUUCGAUUAUCCGCAAUAAAGGCAAUUUGGUUAUAGUUGGCACCGAUGACGUUCCUAUUAAAGAUUAUCAAACCGCGACGUCGAAGAUUUUAAAAACUAAUAAAGGUUUUCUGAUAUCCGAAGUCAAGGUAAUUUCAUACGAUUCGAAAGAUCCGUACGUGAUAAGAAGCCGCAGUAGCUACUCAGGACUUCCCACCUCGAGCGUAAUGUUUAAAAAACCUGAAAUGAAGAAAAAGACUCCGAAGAAUCUUCUUACUCGCGUUCCAAUUGUGGAAAAGAAAAACCGAGCAUCAGCGGCUAAGAUUAAAGACGUCAGAAAGCUUAUGAGUAAGCUGAAAAUUAGAUCACCGUUCUAUGAAAAACUGUUUGCCGAUGAAAACAUCCUCGAUGAUGGAAAUGACGAAGACGAAGAAAAUGAUGAAGCUAUCACCUCUCGAAAUGAAGAUUUAUUCUAGAUUUUGUUUUUAAAAAUAACGACUUCGUAUUAUUUUUAAUCAUAUACUUUUAAAAUUAAUUUAGAUCUUAGCAUUGAGAAUAAUUUACUGUUAUUCAUCGAUCGAAUACGUAGCUGAUAAAAAUAUAGCCGCCGGAGAUUC